AUGGACCAGCUGCCAGUUGAUUUUUUCACCAACGCCGCGGCUUACACGCCCCGUGUCUAUCGCGACCAAUACCCCGCGAUCGAUCCCACGUCUCCAUCCCUUAACCAGGCGGGUCAAAUCGUCAUCAUCACUGGAGCCUCUUCUGGCAUAGGCGCAAAUGGAAUUGCACCGGCGUUCGCAAAGGCUAAAGCAAAGGCACUUGUACUCGUGGCACGCAACGGGAAGAAGCUUCGAGAGACCGAACAAGAAAUUAAAAAGAUCCAUCCUGCCACGAGCGUUCUCGUGCAACCAACAGACAUUACGAACAGUGAUGCAGUGGUUGCUCUGUUUGAGAAAAUAAGAUUCAAAUACGGCCAUGUAGACGUUCUAGUCAACAACGCUGGUACAUUCAGUCAUCCUUCCCGCAUCGUAGAUGCGGACCCAGCCGAGUGGUGGAAUGAUUUCGAGGUGAAUGUCAAAGGCCAAUUUCUGGUUACCCAAGCCUUCUUGAAGCUGCUUGGGACUGAAAGAAAGGGGACUAUGAUAUCCAUGUCAUCUGCUAUUGCGACAUCUCUUCACCCCAUGAUGAGUUCGUAUUCGAUCUCCAAAAUGGCGUUGUUAAGGCUGAAUGAUUAUGUCGCUGCUGAAUAUCCGAAUGUGUGCGCUGUCAGCCUACAACCUGGACUUGUCAUGACCGAUAUGGUGCUCGAUUCUCUCAAGCGUUUUGCUAUUGAUACCCCUGCUCUGAUUGGUGGAACAACCGUGUGGCUGGCGACGGAUGCAGCACGUUUUCUGAAUGGUCGCUUUAUUUCUGCAAACUGGUCUGUCGAGGAUCUCGCUGCGGCAAAAGAGAAGAUCCUUGAGGGAAAUGACUUGCAGUUGGUAUAUCAGGGGAAGUUCGGUCUAGAUCAAUCUCAGUAG